GACAGGGGAGGAGGAAUGGAAGGGAGAAGGAGGAAGUGAAGGGGGAGGAUAAUGAGAAGGGGGAGGAGGGACUGACUGGCAACCAACUGGCAACACCGAGCUGAUCUUUGGAGCUGACCGCAGGUCCAGCUGAAGGAAGCGAGAGGAGAGGCGAGGACAGGAGCUCCUCUAUAAUCUUUGUACAGGAGAGGAGAGGAGAGGAGAGGAGAGAGCCGGAGGAUGUGUGCGCCGGAGGGGAGCGCCUUCCUGCACGUCGUGCUGCUGUUCGGCGUGUGCAUGGCGGUGACGUGCAGCGGCCUGAUGGACGGCGUGUGGACCGAGCUGGGCUACGAACACUACGCCGAGCGGCCGCGGUCCUGGCUGCCGCCAUUGCUGGCCAUGCCGGCCAACUCGCUGGUCAACCUGGGCUACGUGGUUCUCGGGGCGCUGUGGCUGCGGCAGAAGGUGCCCGGGGGCGGCGGCUACCACAAGGACGCGUUCGCCUGGAUGGUGCUGGCCUACGGGCCGGUGCAGUGGGCGCGGAUCGCCUCGCAGGCCCAGCGGGCGGCCGUGCUCGACCAGUGGCUGACGCUGCCCAUCUUCGCCUGGGUGCCGGUCUGGGUGUCCUACCUGCUGGAGGAGGCCGGCGGAGGAGGAGGCAGGAGCCGCUUCCCCGGAGCGCUGCCCGUCGAGGCGGCCUCGCUCGCCAGCUACGGCCUGGCGCUGACCCACCGCCGCGGCUUCGAGCUGGCGCUGGGCCUACACGUCGCGGCCGCCGUGGUGGCCGGUCUGGCGGCUCAGCGUUGCCUGGGCGACGCCGUGUCUCGGCGGCACCUGCUGCUCGCCGUCGCCUCCUGCUCCGGCUUCGUGGCGCUGAAGCUCCUGGACCUGCCGCUGGCUCGCCUGGACCCCGGGCUCGGCCUCCUCUCCGGCCCGCUGACCGGACACUUCUGGUCCAAGCUCUGCGACCUGUUGCAGAUCCACUACACCCUCUGCUUCAUGCAGCACCUCUCGCUGCGGAAGCAGACGGAGCACAAGCAGCGCUGAUUUGUUUUUUUAAAGUUCCAAAAUCCAUUUUUUCCACACAAAAAAAACGCAGGUACUACAAUGCAAUCACAAUGUGUCUCUCACAUUCAUUGUGUCAGCAAAUCGCUGCAUUUUAUUUGCAACGAAUCAAUGCCACUGUUUGUGCAAGUGCUUUGUCACAUACAGCAAUGGAACGGCCUAUUAUCCCCAGCCAUAGCGUAAUAGAGUGGAAACAGGUCCUUCGGCCCAACUUGCCCCGACUAUACUAGUCCCACUACCCGAGUUGCGUUUGGCCCAUAUAUAUACCUCAAACGUAUCCUAUCCAUGCACUUGUCCUAAUGUUUUUUAAUCGUGAUAGUACCUGGCUCAACUUUCUUCUGCAGCUUGUUCCAUAUACCUACCACCCUUUGUGUAAAAAAAGUUGCCCGGUCAGGUUCCUAUUAAAUCUUCCCUCUGCCACCCCGCCUUAAACCUGCCUCCUCUGUUUUUUUUAAUUCCCCUACUCUGGGUAAAAGAUUCUGCAUUUACCCUAUCUAUUCCUCUCAUGAUCUUAUACACCUCCAUAAGAUUAUCCCUCAUCCUCCUACGCUCCAAGGAAUAAAGUCAUGUAACGAAACAAAACAUAUGUUUCACUGUGAAAUAGCCAAUUAAAUAGUUCUGAAUAUCUGGAAUACCAAUGGAAUACCAUCUCUUGAUGAUACAUCCACCCAUAACUGGCAGCAACAGCAACUUGGCCAGAUUUCUACUGUGACAACUUGGACUGCCCAUGUUGCCUCAACGAUUGACGUUUUGUGGCUCCAAACUGAGAUGGGGAAAACAAGUUUGAAAUUUUAAGUGUCCUUUGCUUAUCCUGCAUUUUUUCUUCUGCUUACAGGUACCAAAUGACUCCCUGUUGUAGAACUAUAAUGCGAGAUAGUGGAGGUUGGGGCAGUACUAUAAUAGUUUAAUUUACCAAUGCAAAAAUGUCAUUGUGAUUGCUAAUCAUUGUGAAAUGCUAAAAGUCAUUGUGACAAUUGCAUUGUCAAUUGAAUGAGUCUACCCCUAUGGAUAAGACAGACACAAUGUGGGAACAUCUUAUUGAGCAUCCUCUCGGCACAUUAAGAAUGGCUACUGAUUAACAUGCCCAAGGCAAAUUAAUUCCAGAGAAAGAUGAAACCUGCAUCCCAAUGAAAGUUGGUAACUGCCGCCUAUAAUUGUGGCCUACAACUUAAAACUAAAAUGAGUUAAAUCUUUCAGUUGUUUAGUUACAUGACUUUCUCAGAAUCAUAGAGUUAUACAGCACAGAAACAGGCUGCCUAUGCCGUCCAAGAUGCCACCAUCUACGCUAGUCACACCUGCCCACGUUUGGCCGAGAGCCCUCUAAACCUUUCCUUUCCAUGAGCCUGUCCAAAUGCCUUAAAUGUUGUUUAUAGUUCCUGGUUCAGCUACCUCUUCUGGCAGCUCAUUCCAUAUACCCACCAUCCUUAGUAUGAAAAUGUUGCCUCUGGUUCAUAUUAAAUCUUUCCCCUCUCACCUUAAAUCUAUGUUCUCAGGUUCUUGAUUCCCUUACUCUGGGUAAAAUAUUCUGUACAUUCACCCUAUCUAUUCCCCUCAUGAUUUUAUACAACGCAAUAGGAUCACCCCUCAGCCUCUUGCGCAAAGAGGAAUAAAGUCCUAGGCUGCCCAACCUCUCCAUGUAGCUCAGGCCCAUCUGUUAAUAUUCUAUUUGUACUCUGUAAUCUCUUGUUAAACUGUGAAAUAAGAAAAUACUUCCAUUUAACUGCAAUCAAUGAAAUAAUAAAUUCCUGAAAAUGCU